AUGCCCCUGCUGCAGGACCCCCUUUUCGCCACAGUGGCUGCUGGAAAGAGCGAAGAGGUCAAGCCUCCCUGGCGGCAGCCUCCGGCCUUGGCGCCGAGAGUAAUAAGACCGCCUCUACGACCUGUACGACCUCCUGCACUACCACAACCGCAGAGCACACCGCCGCCGAGUACGCCGCCGCCGAGCACACCAAGGCCGCCGAGCACACCGCCGCCCCCAAGGACACCACCGCCAACGACCCCGAGUGCGCCGAGUACAGGACCAGCUGGUCAGGGGGCGGCGAGUGCAGCACGACCAGCAGGUCAGGGGCCAGCCGGGCCAGCUGCAAGGUCAGCUGCACUGGAAGCACGACUUUUGUCGUUUCGCACUCUCUUUGCAGAGGCGGCAAGGGUCUGCCAGGACGAUCCGUACGAGGCUUUGGCGCGACCUGGUACUUCUUAUCGGGAAGCUGCAGAAAAGCUGGGCGUCCACGUGGAAAAGGUCAAGAGGGCUGCUCACGAACUCGGCGGCCAGAAGCAAGAAGUCUGGAGUCUCUUACAGAUGGCCGAGAAUGCCAUCAUAGCCGUGGCCAAGCUGCCUGCACUGCUGACCCUUCUCUGUGCCCGGACACCGGCGCUUUUUGAGGCUUUUCGGAAAGCAGCUGUUCAGGCAGCCGAGAAGCCUCUAAGCCUCAUACUGUCUUUCGACGAGGCGACAGCUGGGAACGUUCUAGCCCCCGAUCCUGCAAAAAAAGCUUGCAUGGUUUACAUUGCUUGCAAAGAGGUUGGGAUGCAAAAUCCUGCUUUGUGGUGGCCUGUCAGUGUGGUGAGAGCUGACAUAAUGAAGCACCAUCUCCAUGGCAACCUCGGCAUCGUCCUCCGCCACUUUUUGCGCACCAAUCCUGCAGAGCAACUCACUGGUGGCUUUUUGGUGCAGGGUGCAGGCCAGCAGCCGUUCAUCUUGAGAGUGCGCAUCUCAGCGGUGAUAGCUGAUGGCGAAGCACUCAGACAGUCGCUGAGUUGCAAGGGCGCAGCAGGGCUCAAACCCUGUCACAUGUGCAAAAACGUCAUCAAGAAGAACCAUGAGAUGACAGGCUCCUUGCAGGGCUAUCUUCAGGACAUUUCUUCUCUUCCAGGUUCUUGGGAUCGCAUGACGGACGAAGAUAUUUUUGAUUUCUGCGAUGAGCAACGGCGACGAAAGAUGGUCCUCUCUGCGGCCGCAUUCAGGGAGGAAGAAACCCUGGCCGGCAUUGUCUUCGAUGAGCAGAGCUUGAUCCAGGACCAAUGGGCUCGACUUCAGCUGCCACCAAGUCUAUUCAUGUAUGACUUCCUCCACAUCUACUUCACGAAGGGUGGAGUGGCCAGUCUGGAGGUCGCUUACAUUGUGCAGCGAGCAGCCGCAGCACUGAACGUGAGCAACGAGGACUUGGCGGACCUGCUGCGAGACCAUGCCUGGCGAGUCCCUGGACACAUCAAGAACUUUGCAGGGCCGGCAAACCGAGCCCGUCUGUUCGACUCCGCUCGCUUCUUGGACCUCGCCUACAAGUCCAAGGCUUCCGACCUCCAGCAGCUCCUGCCACUGCUCGGCUGCUUGCUUGAGAUGUUGGACACGGACAAUGUGCUGCAGGCGGAAUUGCGCAGCUUCCACAAGCUGUUGCAAAUUCGCAGGGAGCUUUCCAGACUGCAGGCCCUGGACAAGGUUGAGUGCACACAGACUUUGACCAGGCUACAGACCGAGCACCACCUUCUCUGUGUCCAGGCUUAUGGACAGCAGAUCCUCCGCCCGAAACACCACUGGAGGGUUCAUGCUGCCGAACAGAUUGAAAAGUGGGAGGCUUACGUGGACACCGCACCCUGCGAGACCAAGCACCAGAUGUACAAGGGUGUGGCCGACAAAAACUAUGACACAAUGACGCAUCAUCGUGCUUGGUCGGAAGCAGUGGCGAUGAGAAUGGUUAUUUCCUGCCACGAGCAGCUGCGAACGUUCUUUGCAGAGCAGGCCCAAGUUUUCUUGGGGAAACCUAUCCGCUGCACGUAUGGAGCUGGUCUGAGCUAUCGGGCUGUCAGGCUUCAUGGCCGCCAUUGGGCACAAGGCGAUUUCCUCUUGGAGCCUGUUCCAGGACAAAUUGUGCGAUGCUUGAAGGAUUCCGCGGACAGGCCUGUCCUCUUGGUCAGGCAGUAUCGGCCGGUGACAACCGCGGUCUUCAGCACUGUGUUUCGCCGCACAUCCACUGUGCGCGAGUUGCACGAUUUGCGACAUGUCUAUAGCCACACCAAAACCCGGCAUCACAUGGCUUCUUUUCCAUCAGCGGCGGUGUCAUAUCGCUGCAAGUGCUAUACCACAAAAUAUCAGCGGCGGUGUCAAAUCGCUGCAAGUGCUAUACCACAAAAUAUUGCAAAAUGCACCAAAAAAGAUAGGAAAAGAUAA